CAAUAAUUCAAAGCCUACAGCCGCCAUUUGUAGAGCUUACAGAGACCUGAUUCCUUCCUUGUUUGGCGCUGUAGAGAUUCAAUUAAGUUGAUGAUUUAGGGUGAAAUUACCAGUGCCUUUUUUCUCUUAAGUACUUCAGACGAGUUCUCUAAUGGCAAAGGUAGAGGCCGUCGCUGUUAAAGAUGCUGUCCACAAAUUACAACUCUGUCUUCUUGAAGGCAUCAAAGAUGAAAACCAGCUCAUUGCUGCUGGAUCUCUGUUGUCUCGGAGUGAUUAUCAGGAUGUAGUAACUGAACGAUCAAUAGCUAACACGUGUGGUUAUCCUCUUUGCAGCAAUUCUCUGCCUUCUGAAAGGUCUCGGAAAGGACAUUACAGAAUAUCAUUGAAGGAGCAUAAAGUUUAUGAUCUUCAUGAAACAUACAUGUACUGUUCAACAAAUUGUGUUGUCAAUAGCGGAGCAUUUGCUGGUAGCUUGCAGGAUGAGAGAAGUUCUACACUGAAUCCAGCAAAGCUUAAUCAAGUCCUGAAUCUAUUUAAGGGUUUGCAUUUACAUUCCCCAGAAGAUGUGAAGGAAAAUGGAGAUCUAGGAUCUUCUAAGUUGAAAAUCCAGGAAAAAGCAGAUGUAAAGGGGGGUGGUGAAGUUUCAUUGGAAGAGUGGAUGGGUCCAUCUAAUGCAAUUGAAGGCUAUGUUCCACAGAGAGAUCGAAGUGUGAAUCCAGCACUGUUGAAAAACAUUAACAAAGGAUUCAAGAAUAAGCAUGCCAGACUCCAAGAUGAGAAAAACAUGAUACUUAAUGAGUUUGAUUUUUCCAGCACUAUAAUAACUCAAGAUGAGUAUAGUGUUUCAAAGUUUCCAGCUCCUGUAAAUGCUGUCUCGAGUGAAAAGUUCAAAGAAGCCCAAGCGAAGACGAGGUACAAAGUUAGGGAUGAUGAUGUUUCUAUACUGGGAAAGCGAGUUGAUGCCUUGCAGUUGCGUUCUGGAGAAGAAACAGAAAAAUCGGAUAAGAACACUAGAUUUUUGAAGGUGGACAAAUUUAAUUCUGGUGAAGUGUCUUCUGGUCCUUCCCAACAUGAUGUCAAGAACAAAAGUGUCCUAAUUAUGUCGGAUGACGGAAGGAAAUAUGCGUCCCGUGGUGAACAUGAUAAACAAUUGCUCAAAUCUUCUUUAAAAUCUUCAAAUUCCAAGAAAAUGUCUCAGUCAGUUACUUGGGCUGAUGAAAUUAUCGAUGGUGGCAUUGGCAAGAAAACAGAGAGCUCAUCCAAAAUAUCAGAAUAUGAGAACCAAGCUUAUGGGGGAUCAGCCUCUACUGACAUGGAAGAGGAUGAUGAUUCAUAUCGGUUUGAAUCUGCAGAAGCCUGUGCAGCAGCACUAAGCCAAGCAGCAGAGGCUGUUGCCUCAGGUUCUAAUGUCCCUGAUGCUGUGUCCAAAGCCGGGAUUGUAAUAUUGCCAACUUCACAAGAAGUGGAUGAAGCAAUACUUCAGGAGACUGAGAUGCUUGAUAUAGAACCAGCUCCUUUAAAAUGGCCAAGAAAACCAGGGAUGCCAAAUUAUGAUGUUUUUGAAUCAGAGGACUGUUGGUAUGAUGGUCCACCCGAGGGGUUUAAUAUGACUCUGUCACCUUUCGCAACAAUGUUUAAUUCCCUCUUCACGUGGAUAUCAUCAUCGUCCUUGGCAUUUAUAUAUGGGCAUGAUGAAAACAAUAAUGAGGAGUAUUUGUCUAUCAAUGGAAGAGAAUAUCCUCACAAAAUUGUGUUGUCUGAUGGCCGGUCAACUGAGAUCAAGCAGACUCUAGCUGGCUGUCUUGCUCGAGCAUUGCCUGGAUUGGUUGCUGACCUUAGGCUGCCAGUACCAAUAUCAACUUUAGAGCAAGGAAUGGUUCUCCUCUUAAAUACAAUGUCUUUUGUGGAUCCACUCCCUGCAUUCCGAAUGAAGCAGUGGCAACUUAUUGUACUUCUGUUUCUUGAUGCUCUUUCUGUAUGUAGGAUACCCACACUGACUCCAUAUAUGACAGGGAGAAGGACUUCGCUUCCAAAGGUGCUUGAUGGUGCUCAGAUAAGUACAGCGGAAUAUGAGAUCAUGAAAGAUCUAAUCAUUCCACUAGGUCGAGUGCCUCAGUUCUCAAUGCAAAGUGGAGGCUAGUUUGGCAUGAAAUAGCUGUUGUGGACCCUCUCCUAUAAACCUUCAUGGUAGAUAGAGGAGGUGAAAAUAGACUCGAAAGUGUGUACAUACCGCCAAAUUAUAUAUGUUUGUUGCAACUUCUCUUCAUAUCUGCUUAUGUUAUAGAAAUGCUAUGUUGUCAAGACACUGAUGAUUGGUGAAAAGUGUAAAG